AUGAUGACAGCAGACGAUCUUAGGACGAUUACCUUUCCGGGAAUGAUUCCAAUAUUUCCUGAUAUAAUGCAAGAGGUGAAUGCAUCUGCCGAGAAUAUCUCAGAUGUAAUUGAUAGAGCUGUUUGUAUGUGUUCUGAUCUCCAAACAGAAGAUUAUUCUCCAUUAUAUGCUUGGUACAACUAUUUGCUCAUCAUUAUAGCCUUACCUUCUUUAUCGGUUUUUGGUGUUUUCACAAAUAUCAUAAAUGUCUUUUUAUUCACAAGAAAAAGGUUACGGACCUCAGCGAACACAUAUUUGCUCUUCUUGGCUUGUAGUGAUUUUUUGGUAAUUGUGACGGGUCUUUUUAUCUUUUGGAUAGAUUCCGCUCGAUCAUACAUCCCUGAGUUAGCAAGAGCUCCAUAUACCACCGUAUACACUUUACCAUUUGGAUAUAUGGCUCAAUCUUGUAGUAUUUAUUUCACAGUCGCUGCAGCAUUCGACUGUUACAUCAACGUAUGUUGGAAGUCGUUGUCCAAGAACUACUGCACGGUACGACAAGCCAAGAAAAUUUGUUUCACCGUAAUAGUUAUCUCUAUUAUGUAUAACUCAUUGCGAUUCCCUCAAUUUAAUCUUCGGAAAUGCUUCCAUGAAGCCAGUCAGGAACACAUCAUAGAAAUUUGCCCUACGUCUUUGUUCUUCACAAUAAAUGUUAUUUAUAAUAUUUAUAUGUAUAUGGUUCUCAUGACAUUAUUACCAUUUUUGUUUCUUCUCUGUCUCAACGCUAUUAUACUAUGUCGUCAAAGUUUGGAAAGGAAGAAGAGCAAAGACAGCAACUCCACUCAAGCCUCUUCGAUACGAGUGAAAGCCGAUGAUGCAGCUGGAGAUGACACUAUCACUAUGAUCAUGGUUGUCAUCUUAUUCCUGGCUUGCAACACCCUGGCACUCGUUGUGAAUAUGAUUGAGACAUUCUCUAUUCCUGAUCCACUAGUCGUCAAUUUAUUAUCUGAUGCUUCAAAUUUCUUAGUCAUAUUCAAUUCUUCUGUUAACUGUGUAAUCUACAUGAUUUUCAACAAGGAUUAUCGAGAAUGCUUCCAACAUCACGGUGCUCACCUCCUACGCUUAAUAAGACAAGAAUAUUGUUGUUGUUUCAUUCGUCAGCGUGAUCGUCAAGGAGCUUAUCAAGCUGUAACAACAACAGUCAUAACCGAAAAUGGAAAAACAGCCGUUGACAUGGAAAAUGAUCGCAUUUCACCUGUAUGGCAACCUCUUUCCCAGCGCCAGCUUCCAAACCUUAAUUGGAGUUCUGGCUGUUUUGAUCCAACUAAUACAAUUUCAUUAGCUGAUGACGAUGGUGAUAGUGGUUGGGGAGAUGAUGCUACAAGCACAAAUGACAUCACCCGUCCUUCCCGACAGCGAUGGCAAGCAGAAGUUAAUCUGUUAGAUGCAAAUCAGAAAAACAGCUCACGACUCCAGACGAUAAUGAAGCCUGUAGGGCAGCUUAAUAAACAAGAUCUUAGCAUAACAGCUCUUUAA